ACACUUCCUGUUUCUAGUUUUCUCUCCUGAGUAUGUGCGCAAUGGAGAGGAAGAAGGUGCUCGCGCUGCUCUGCGUUCUGUUUCUUGGUCACUGUAAGAUGGAUAUCUGAUGACCUCAUCUUUCAUUUCUGAUGGGAUUUCUCUCUUGGAGUGUGGUCUGUGUGAUGGAGUGUGUGCCAAGACGCCGGGGAAGAGAGACGUGUGGUAUAGGGUUCUACAAUACAAGUAAAGGGAUAGAGUGCUGCCAGUGUCCCCAAGGUACUUACUUAGUGAAGGACUGCACUUCACCUCGAGGUUUCCCAACGUGUUAUCAGUGUGAAGACGGAACAUAUCUGGAUCAUGCAAACAGCCAGAGAAAAUGUGAACUCUGUAGUACCUGCAGUGAAAGCGAGAACAAAGUGAAAAAAAGUCCAUGUUCACUUUCCAGUAACACUGUGUGCAACUGUAAGGAUGGUCAUUACUGCGAAACAGAGGAGUGUAAAGUGUGUCAUCAUUGCAGCACAUGUGAUUUUGGGGUUAAAGUGUCCUGCACCCCCACCAGUGACACACAGUGCAACGAAAACCCUACAGCCUUGGUGGUGGUUUCUGUAUUCGUAGUGUGUCUGAUAGCAGGACUGGUGGUGAUUUUCUUCUGGAAGAAAAAAAUGUUUUGCUUUAAAUCACACGAACCACCCGAAAACGUCCAGGUUUUGGAGCCAUUAGGUGAUCCAGAUUUGGAGCCGUUUCUGCCUCAAAUAGCGGAAAUUCUGGGUUUUAAGGUGGUCCGGAGCGUGGUCAUGCACAGUGGUCUGCUGUCUAAGGCCAACAUAGACAACAAAGUGUAUGACCAUCCUGGUGACGCGAACGAGCAGGCGUAUCAGCUGCUGUGGGCCUGGUACCAGAAGCACGGCAUAGAGGGAGCGUGCAAACAGCUGUGUGAUACCCUCACUGAAAUGAACAUGAGGGUCCAAGCUGAAAAGGUGCACAAUCUCAUCAAGACAAGACAAAGUAGUAAAGAAGAAGGACAGAAUGGACACAUCUAGUUUUUAUAUGCAAAAACUCAGUGAGUUCAUCCCCUGGACAUCACACGCUGCGGAUGAGGAUGGAGAUCCACGUGGACAUGGAGUUUACUCUGGAUGCUUCCACACAAAAUCCAUGAAGAUGCUGUGAAUGUUCUUCCUCAGCUAGCUUCAAGACGGUGGUGGCUUAGAAUGAUCUGCACUCCAUCUUUACAUUUAAACAUAAUAUAUCAAAUACUUUCAUCUAUCCAUCCAUCCAUCCAUCCAUCCAUCCUGUCAUCCAUUCACCCACCCACCUAUCCAUCCAUUCAUAACAUAAGUCAGAUAUUUCCAUCCAUCCAUCUAGCCAUCCUGUUUCUAAGCUACUUAUCCUUCACAGGGAACCUGGAGCUUGUCCCAGAGGAUGCUGGGAAACUCUUCCUCAUGUCAUCCCAGGGAGUUUUUCUCCAACAUGCUGACCUCUCGCUUGCUAAUUACGCAGAACUGUUAAAAGUAGAAACAUCUAGAUUUCUGUAGAACUGCUUUAGGUCAAAGGUGCUUUUAACUUUUUUAGUCAAAUCUUAAAAUAAGGGAUAAAUGUUAGGUAACAUUAUUUACAUUGACAUCAUUUCCUGUCCAAUUGAGCAUGAGGUUUCCUUCUGAGCCUGGUUCCGCUCAAGGUUUCUUCCUCAUAUCAUCUCAGGGAGAUUCAGGGAUAGCUUUAAUAACUUUUUUAAUCAUUUUUAUUCCAGAUUUUUAUUUUUUUCUGUAAAGUUACUUGGAGACAAUGUUCAUUUAUAGAGACACCGUAGAAAUAAAUCAAAUUGAAUGAAAUUAAAAUCCUUUCUGCAGUUAGUUCUCAGCAUGCUGGUGUAUUUGUCAUGUUUUGCUUUAUUGUUUUUUACUUUUGUCUAAAUAAGAUAGUUAAGUAUCAUGGCAUUUUUUGCAUAUGUUAGGAUUAUGGAACUUAAUUCUACCAAAAAACAAUAAAUAAAAGUGUCUCAAAA